AUGGGUGAUGAAUGUGAUAAAUUCUAUAACGAUUUACAAGAUACAUUAAAAGAUGUAUCUACAAAAGAUAUGAUCAUUAUAAUGGGUGAUCUAAAUGCUCGAGAAUUAUUAAUAUCUGAUCCUUUAUUAGUAGAUCUUAUGUUAUAUGAAAUGCCUGAUGUUGAAUUAUUACGUAUUAAAGCUAAUGGACAAUAUCAUUUAGAAAAUGCUAAACCAGAUAAAGAUUUAGAAGAAAAAGCUGAAAAUGAUUUAGCAGCAUAUGAAUUUUCAUUUUUUAUAAAUAAUAUUUUAUCGUCAUUAGUUGUUAAUUGUUCUGAUGAUAAACUAUUAAUACGUGCAUUAAAACAAAUUCAUCGUUUAACAACAAUUAAUGUAUAUCGUCGAUCAUUAGGUGACACUUUAUCAGAUGCAAUUAAUUAUAUUUAUUCACAUUCAAAUAAUUCAUUACUUAUUGAAAAACUUAUUUUAAAUAAUGUUAUUGAAAUUCUUUUUUAUGAUUAUAUUGAAUCAUCAUGUCACAUGUCAGCAUUACAUAUGAUUAAAAAUAUAACAGUUGAUCAAUGGAAAAAACAAUCAUUUAAAACAAUUCAAUUUGUUUUAAAACAAAUUAGUUUAAAAAUUCAACGUGAAGGUUUGUUACUUUAG